AUGUCUCCUACUGGUCGCCUCAACAGCAUAUAUAGACACAUUAAAGUUAACUACAAUGCAGAUGCAUUACGUCAGGCGAGACGACUAGAACAAAUUUCAUUAUCGCAAGUACGGCAAAAACAACAUCUACGCUAUCUUCAUUUGUGUAAAGAACAAGAACGACUACCACGUUUUCUCCUAUCAAAGCCACCAAUAGACCAUCCAAAGGCAUGGAACAUCGCCAGAAAAAGCGGGUGGGCAUAUCUCCGCGUCCUUAUAAGCAAUUGCCAUCACAAGCUUAAAUCCAUACGUAAGGAAUCUACAGAUUUGAUUGAGAUUUUACAGAAUAUCGUUGCAGAUACUUGUUUAUCCAGUUUACAUCAGGCAAUAUCGAGCCGAUGUUCUCAUCUACAGAAUGCGGUUGAAGAACGACAUCGAAAGAAAUUCCAUCAACUGAUACAAAAUGACAACUCAGACGACAUUCAAAAGAAAUGGGUUAUAAAUACCUCUGGGAGAAAAUUGAAUGACGAUGAAAUCA